AUGUAUAUUGCAAACAUAAGGAGGAAGUCUACAAAUGGAGGGACAGAUGGAAAUGAAGGAACAUGUAUAAAGGGUGAUGAUGCAUCGUUGAGUAAUGUAUCCAGUGAUCUUAAGGAUCAAUGUUACAAACACUACAUACAUACGGGUAGACCAAGGAUCACCCACAUAAAAUAUGGUGAAAAAGACCUUAUUAUUGCAGAUGAAUAUAUUAACCUUGCCGAUAAGCACAAACCAAUAACUAACGUGUCUGUCUACUUUAAUGUCAAACAUGAUGGUGGUGAUGAAAUAAAGAAGCCUCUUCUACUCAAACUUAAAAUCAAAAACAAUGGCAACAAUCCCUGGUAUGAGAACACUGGGGAUAGCAAGACAUGGAGGAGGAUAAGUGGGACUAGAGUUAAUCCAUUUUACAAAGGGUCUAUUCCAACUCAAGCACUUAAAGAGAAACUCAAUAAAGUUGCUUGUAAACUUCACAAUCUUCAUUUCCUCGACAUUUACAAGACAAAAGACUAUGAAUGUCCGUGUGGUACGGCCAAGGUUAAAGUUACUGAAGAUAAAACUGGUGGAGGUAUUCCCGGAUAUAUAAAGUACGAAUAUUCUUACACUAGUAACAAAAACUCUGUUAGAUACAAAAAUUUAAACCUUAAAUGGAAAAACAAUGGAGAAAAUAAAUAUGAUGAAACAUUUCCACUUGUUAGAAAAGACACUCCAAAUCUAACAGUUUACUACUGUAAGGAAGAUGAAAAGCGUAAGAAGAAACCCUUACUUAUGCAAGUUUCUCUUGGACGAAAUUUUGGAGGCAUACCUAUUCCUCUAGGUAAUGAUGGAGAUCCUUACAACAGCACGUGGACAGUAAUUGAAGACAUUGAUUAUUUACUAACACCUCCAGAUGAACUUAGGGACAAACUUCAAGAACUAAAGCAUAAACUCUUCAGACCAGUGAUCAUCAAUAUUACCGAGGAGGGUAAAUAUACCAACCCAUACUGUAAGAGCGAUGGAUGUAAGCAACAAAUUACCUACCCCGUACGUACCGGAUUGUUAUAUGUGCGUGAUUAG